AUUUCAGCGUCUCACUUUCCAGCUGGGUGGUGGUGGUGGAUGCUAGCAGCCUUGCUGUCUUCUCUUGGCGUGGCCCUUUGCGGUGGCUGCCUGGCCUCUUGGAUGUCCUUCUGCAGGGAAGUGUGCAGCAGGGACAACAAGGGGGGAGUUUGCCAGAGCUUGGAGUGGGAUGUUGGAACCGCUUGGCGCAUAUACUUUGUCAGAGCUGCUGCCUCAAUAAAUACAAAUGUUCUAUUGAGGGUAUAGAUAUUAUGCCAGGGUUACAGGCUUUCAGCAACCGGUCUCCCUGUAUUUUUAGAUUUGGUCUUAUUCUGGUUAAAUUGAUAGAGAAUUAGAUUAACCUGAAACAAACUGUUCUUGCAGACAUGCAUAUGAAAGCAAAAGGGUUACAGAAGUGUGUAGUAGCGCGGCGUGGUGGGUGAAGUUUGCGUGCAGUGGUUUGGAGAGGAGCCCCUUUCCCUGGUGAGCUGCGGGUGCUGGUCUCUCGUGGCUUUGGCUGAAUGUGGGACUCCAGAAAAGGCAGUUUUUGGUCUCUUGUCAUCCAAGCGUGGGACUGCAAAUGCUUUCAUACUGCCCUGUGCUUGGCCCUUGAUGUAACAGGGAGGGGAGCAGGUCAGUGCUGAACUGUGUGUAACCUCUUCCCAUACCUGCUUGUACCAUCGCCAGCUCUUUCAGGGGCAUUUUACUCUCAGGAAUGCCUCUGGCCCUCAGGUUGUAUCUCCAGAGCAGAAGUGUCAGCCUGAAAGCCACCUUGUUGGAUGGGAGAUGGUGCGGCUUAGGAAGUCUGUAAUUUAGGGGCAAAUUUCAUUCCAGAGGCAAAGGGCAAAGAUAUUUCCUCUGCUUCUGGCUCACUGCCCGGGUGGUGACUGGAAGGGGGAGAUGGAGGAGAGUGGCUGAGUGCUGCUGAGAUGUCCUGAGAUGGUCAGUAUGAGACUGAUGAAAGUAUGGGGAACCUGGUCCCCAGGUUGGAGGUGAGGAGGAGACAAGGACACCUCCAGAAAGCUGAAGGUCGGCUUCUGAAAUUUUCUCUGGCAUCCAGAUUUCUUUGUGUGGAAGAAACUAAAGUCAAAAAGAAGUGACUGAAAAAGAAAUUAAGGAACGAUUUGAAGGAACAGAUCCAUUUCUUAACAAGAUCAAGUUUGAAUUAAAUGGCUGAUAAACAGAUCAGUUUACCUGCCAAGCUGAUCAAUGGAGGGAUAGCUGGGCUGAUCGGGGUCACCUGUGUAUUUCCCAUUGACCUGGCAAAAACUCGCCUGCAGAACCAGCAGAAUGGCCAGCGGAUGUACACCAGCAUGUCUGACUGCCUCAUUAAAACGAUUCGGUCGGAAGGCUACUUUGGCAUGUACAGAGGGGCUGCGGUGAACCUGACUCUAGUGACGCCAGAAAAGGCUAUCAAACUGGCAGCCAACGACUUCUUCCGGCAUCAUCUCUCCAAAGAUGGGAAAAAGCUGACACUGCUGAGGGAGAUGCUGGCAGGCUGUGGCGCAGGUACCUGCCAGGUGAUCGUCACCACUCCCAUGGAGAUGCUCAAAAUCCAGCUGCAGGAUGCAGGGCGGAUCGCGGCGCAGAAGAAGCUGAUGGCAGCGCAGGCCCAGCUCUCCUCUUCCUCCGCGGCGGGGGCGGCGGAGCCCGUGGUGGAAACGCGCACCACAGCGACGCAGAUCACAAGGGAGCUGCUGCGGAGCAAAGGGAUCACCGGGCUCUACAAGGGCCUGGGAGCCACACUGCUAAGGGACGUCCCGUUCUCCAUUGUUUACUUCCCGCUGUUUGCAAACCUGAACAAGCUGGGCCAGAAAGAUCCCAAUGUCAAGGCUCCGUUCUACGUGUCCUUCCUCUCCGGCUGCGUGGCGGGCAGUACAGCUGCAGUGGCUGUCAACCCUUGCGAUGUGAUCAAGACGCGGCUGCAGUCGUUGCAGAGAGGGGUGAAUGAGGACACCUACUCGGGGAUCCUGGACUGCACCAAGAAGAUCUGGCAGAAGGAAGGGCCCACAGCCUUCCUGAAAGGGGCGUACUGCCGAGCCCUGGUCAUUGCUCCUCUCUUCGGCAUCGCACAAGUCGUCUACUUCCUCGGCAUCGCAGAGUUUCUGCUGGACAUGCUCCCCAAGCACCGGGCCUAGCCCUGGCGUGCCUGCGUGUGCCCUCCCGCCCUCCGCAGCGCUGAAUUCAUCCCCGUGUCCAUCAUCCGUGUCGAUUGAUGUCAGAGCAACAGCACAAAGGGUUCGCGCAGGGAAUCUGAGGGGAUGUGGUCUCCAGACGAGCAAAUGCGGGAAGGGAGAAUGUCCCUUUUCUGUCUUGGUCUGGAACCUGCCCCCUCCCGCUCCUUCCACGGACAAUACCUAAUUAUGCAUAUCUUUUUUUUUUUUUUUCUUCCUUUUUUUUUUUUGUUUGUUUUUAAAUUGUCAUUCUUAAGGACACUGGUAAGCACAGACUGGGCUUGCAGACCCAGAAGUCUCCUCUGAGCCUUGGGGAGGAAGAGGGAUGGGAGAGAACUAACCUGAACCCUCACCCGCCCCAGUCCCCCUCUUCCUUCCUGGAGCUGCCAGCUAUCUGAGGAGGAGCUGGAGGGGCCGCUGUGUCCCCUCAGCCCCUCCUUGGCUCUGCUGGCCCCAGGUCGAGAGCGGGCGCUGCGCAAAGGGGGCUCGUCUCCUCGCUGCCAGGGGGUGGUGAGGCGGGAUGCUGGAUCCGGCAAGUCCCUUGGCCCAGAAACCUUCACCCCUCCCUUCUCCCUUUCUCAAAAAGGAGUUGGACUCUAGAUGAAGUUCUUGGAGAUCGGAGGAAGGGAAAGGGAUGGUUACUAUUCAUUUUUGUAAUAAUUUUUGUUUUAAAGCAAAGGGAUGUCCCUCCUAACGAGAUGUCACAGGCACAUCCAGGUGAGGCGCAGAGAUGCGAGUCUGCUCUGUAGGGAACAUGUCUGUGGGAUCACACAAAUGUCCGAAGGUGCUUCCCUGCUUGGCUGCAGGCAGGGGAGGGAGAAGAACUUGGGAUCAAGUUAUUUUUGGUUGGGGGGGAGGGGGGCUGGUUUUGUUUUUUCUUUUAUGUAGGGGAUGUGGGGAGGGAAAACCAAACAACAAGAAACCACUUACAUUCCUUCAGCCUGCCCACCCUGGGGGUGAUAAAGCGGUGGCUGCAGGUGUAGAUUAGCUGAUUUUAUUAUUAUUUUUUUUCCCAGCCUGGCCCCAGGUGCGUUAAAGGAAGUACCUGCUCCGCGUCUGCGGUGCCCAACCGUGGAGAGCCAUGCUAGAAGUGCUGCACCUGUGUGCUCACCUUGCAAGGUGAAAACACGAGGUCUGGUUGUGCUUUGCUGUUUGACUUGGGCACGUUUGGUGCCAGCCAGCCUCGAAGAGGCGGAGGGCUGCCGCACCCUGAGCGAGGAGCUGGUUGCGUGCACGUGACGAUGGGGUUGGGUCCCCUGGCUCACGAAAGCUCGUCAUCCUGUUUGCUCCUUGGGUGGGUGAUCGUCGCUGGGUGGCACAUCCACACCUACAGCCUGCUCUGUCAAAGGGACGCUGCCCCAGCUCAUGUCACUUGCCAGAGGACUUCCUCGUUCAGUGCGCUCUCCAGCUGUGUAAUUAAUCCUAGUUUUAAUGAUCGUAAGCGUCAGAUCUACCAACCCAGCGUGAUCUUCUCCAUUAUUUAUUCCAUUUGGUGCAAUCCAUCCAACUUUGGUGUUUAAAUUAAACUGGUCGAGUUCACUUUUCAUUCCUUCUUUUCACUUUGUUCUCCAGGCGCUUGCUUGGUGUUUGUGUUUCAAAUGUAUAUUUAAAUUAAUUUAAAAAAAAAUAUCCCUGUUUUUAAUGUUUAAAAGAAAACCACCUCUGUUUCAAUGGUCUUGGGUUCAGUUUUUGCAAAACCUGUAUGUUGAGGGCCUUCCUGAUGCAUCAUUUCUCUCUUCGGAAAAGUUGUUCAGUGGCUGGUUUGUUACUUGUCACUUGGCCUACGUGAAUAAUUUUCUUUAUUUUUCUCUUUUUCUCUAUGACUUCUCCGUGUAUCUGGGAAGGAAUCUGUGCAAAGAUGAUGAUAGAUGUCUGUGCUGUGUGUAGUGCUGUGAUGCUGCUCUUGCUCUGGAUUUCCCUUGGGUGGAUUAAAAGAGAAAGAUUCUU